AUGAAGAGUCAGAUGACAGCGAUUCAAUAUCCUCAGGGUAGUCUGCGAUGGAUAUGCCUGUGGGAGAAGUACCAGCAGAAGAGGAUGGCGCCUUUGACAUUUUUUGCGGGGAGGCUUUUUCGAAUGAUGUUCAAGUGGAACUUUGGAUCAGAUGUUUGGUUUGCGAGUCUUGGUGCCAUACUUUGUGUGCUGGAUGUUUUUAAUACAUUUCUUCUUUCUCUUCCAGGUUAUGGCAACAUAGCUCCCCGCACUAAUUGGGGGAAAAUCGCCACCAUUGUUUAUGCCAUCAUUGGUAUUCCCUUGAUGUUGCUCUACCUCACCAACAUCGGAGACAUUCUUGCCAAAUCCUUCCGUUACGUCUAUGGACGAAUAUGCAGUUGUGGUUCCAGUGACCCCUACAAGCGCCGGCGCCAUCACAACAACCACCAUCCCUCCGAGAACUAUCGCGUGCACCAUAUUGUGGCACACAACUCUCCAAAUAGGCACCACCCGAACUCUGAGCCAGGUGUUCAAGACAAACUGCGCAUGCCCAGCGAAGAUGAAGUUCGAAUAGAGAACAUGCCGGAUUUAGACCUGGACUUAGACUACGAGAAACCUAGAGUAUCUGUUCCAAUAACUUUAUGUCUUCUCAUCUUAGUGGGAUAUAUAUCGGGUGGGGCUGUUUUGUUUUCCCUUUGGGAAGGGUGGGGAUUCUUGGACGGAUCCUACUUUUGUUUUGUGACGCUGAGUACAAUUGGUUUCGGUGACCUCGUUCCAGGGGAUUCUGUUGUAUCAGACGAAGGAACUCAAGAAAAGCUUGUUAUAUGUUCGUUAUACCUCUUGGUGGGGAUGGCUCUGAUUGCUAUGUGCUUCAACCUCAUGCAGGAAGAAGUCAUCCACAAAGUUCGAAACUGUGGGAGAAGAAUCGGUAUGAUCAAAGACCAGGAGGAAGAGGAUGACAUGGGCUGA